GGAUUAUUAGUUGCAGCUGAAUGAAUGUUGACUCCUGACGGCUUCAACUGUUAGUGUCUGCCGCUUUGGUUCCGUGCCAACAAAACCGGGAGCCAGCACUGGUCAUUUUGUGACGAAUAAUAUACUAAAUAUCAUUGACAAGUGAGCCAUCUUAGCCGGUGGUGAAAAUAAUCUUCACAAAUGUCUUGCAGUUGUUACUUCUCCAUCCAUGUCUGUCUUUUUCUUUUGUGUGAAGGAAAGUGCAUCUUGGGUCAUUAUGCUGACACGUCAGAUAGCCGAGCCUCAACAUCCCUCCCUGGAUUCGGGAACCUAACCCAGGGAUACAACAAAUAUCUCAGGCCAAAAUUUGGUGGAGAGCCUGUGGUGAUAGCCAUGAGCCUUGAUGUUGCAAGCAUUUCCAGCAUUUCUGAGAGUGAUAUGGACUACACGGCGACAAUAUAUUUGCGACAACGCUGGACAGAUCCUCGCCUGGUUUUUCAGGGGAACAAAAGUUUCACUCUGGAUGCCCGACUGGUGAAAUACCUGUGGGUUCCUGACACGUAUAUUGUGGAGUCUAAGAAGUCUUUCUUGCAUGAGGUCACAGCAGAGAAUCGGCUUAUACGGCUGUUCUCUAACGGCACUGUCUUGUAUGCUUUGCGAAUCACUACCACAGUUGCGUGUAACAUGGACCUGUCAAAAUAUCCCCUGGAUACGCAGACAUGUAAACUGCAGAUGGAAAGCUGGGGAUAUGAUGAAAACGAUCUACUGUACACUUGGUUGAGGGGAAACGAUUCGGUCCAUGGCCUUGAGAACCUGCGACUUUCUCAGUACACAGUGGAGCACUAUUACAGCCUUGUAACAAUGUCUCACCAGGAAACAGGCAAUUACCCAAGACUAGUGUUGCAGUUUGAACUCAAGAGAAAUAUCCUGUAUUUCAUCCUGGAGACGUAUGUGCCAUCCACCCUCCUUGUCAUAUUGUCUUGGGUUUCUUUCUGGAUCACUCUGGAUUCCGUUCCGGCAAGAACAUGUAUUGGAGUAACAACUGUGCUGUCAAUGACAACUCUGAUGAUGGGCUCACGAAACGCUGUGACGAAGACCAACGGUUUCAUAAAAGCCAUUGAUGUUUACCUGGGCAUCUGCUUCACCUUCAUAUUUGGUGCCUUGGUAGAAUAUGCAGUAGCUCACUAUAUCGCAUCGCAAAAGGCUUCUACAAAUGAGGUUACCAGAGAAACGGAAGAUGUCACCAGUAUCUUUUCCACAUCUGUCACCAGCUACAAUCAAAAGAUCAACUUCAGUGCCAUCGAUAAUAUCGCCCACAGUGGUUCGACUAUGAAACCAAAGGACAAAAUUCGGUUUCUUCUGAGGAACAAAAUGCGCAGGGUUGUCAGCUAUUUCACAAUUCAAAAUCCAGGCAACAUCGAACACUACUCGAGACUGCUCUUCCCUCUAUGUUUUUUGGUAGUCAAUUUGUUUUAUUGGGUUUAUUACUUAUUCUUUUAGCAACAAUAAGACCAUUUUGGCGUGUGGUGGUGAGAAAGUUUUGCCUAUGAUGGCUCCCAGCCGCUACGAAUUGUUAUGAGUGUGACUAUGGGCACAUAUCAAGAAUUUGGCCCAAACCCAGCAUUGAUUGUAUUGUAUCAAAAGCCAAAUCUUGUACAGAGCAACACAUUAGCGUGACUGUGGAGCUACAACAAGUGGAAUCCAAAAAGAGCAAGCCUAUUCUUGAAGCCAUUGCUAAGAUGGAUAGGCCUUGAACUUUGAGGCUGUGCAACUGUUUUACACUGUCAACAUAGCUAAGCCCCAGUGUACCCUUUUUAGUCUGAUGUUUAGAGGCUUUUCAGCUAGUUGUUUUCAAUCACUUGGGCGCAGGCUGCUGCCAACCUGAGGAUUGCUCCCUGCUGAUCUCAGGUAAGGUAAUCACUGUGAGAUGAUGGCAAAUGGAAGGCUUUCUUAUCGUCUUCUUUCAGGGUCACAGAGAACUGCAGAUAUACAAGAUGCUGCUUUAAUAAUAAAUAAGUGCCCUUACCACAUGAACACCUCUGGAUCUCUGUUAAUAACAACUAGAGGCUCUGAAAUAUACUCGAAGUUGAGUGUUGAUUUCAUGCUCUUUAUUUCAGCUCACGGUAAACAUUGAGUGAGUCCUUUCCUCCAAAACCCCUGGCUAUAUAUACCUUAUUUACAC